ACGCUGAGCACUCACUGUGGCUGUGCAUGCAGGAAGCCUACCUUGUCACGUCGAGGAAGUACAGCCCGGUGCCCAAGAACCAGCUGCUGACGCCCCUCAUCCUCCACGACGGCCGCCUCGUGCAGCGCCCGACGCCGCUGGUGGCGCUCGUCACCUUCCUCUGGAUGCCGUUCGGCUUCGCCCUCGCCCUCCUCCGCGUGUACAUCAACCUGCCCCUCCCGGAGCGCAUCGUCUUCUACAUCUACCACAUGAUGGGCAUCCGGCUCAUCGUGAAGGGGACCCCGCCGCCGCCGCCCAAGAAGGGGAGCCCGGGCGUGCUCUUCGUGUGCAACCACCGCACCGUGCUGGACCCCAUCGAGGUCGCCGUCGCGCUCGGCCGCAAGGUGAGCUGCGUGACCUACAGCAUCUCCAAGUUCUCGGAGCUCAUCUCGCCGAUCAAGGCGGUGGCGCUGACGCGGGAGCGCGACAAGGACGCCGAGAACAUCCGGCGGCUGCUGGAGGAGGGCGACCUGGUGAUCUGCCCCGAGGGCACCACCUGCCGGGAGCCCUACCUGCUGCGCUUCAGCGCGCUCUUCGCCGAGCUCACGGACCGCAUCGUGCCGGUGGCGAUCAACACCAGGGAGCACAUGUUCCACGGCUCCACCGUGCGCGGGUUCAAGCUCAUGGACCCCUACUUCUUCUUCAUGAACCCGCGGCCGGUCUACGAGGUCACCUUCCUCAACAUGCUGCCCAAGGAGCUCACCUGCGGCGGGGGCAAGUCGCCCAUCGAGGUCGCCAACUACAUCCAGAAGACGCUCAGCGACCAGCUCGGCUUCGAGUGCACCACCAUCACCCGCAAGGAGAAGUACGGCAUACUGGCCGGCACCGACGGGCGCGUCCCGUCCAAGAACAAGGACAAGGAGAAGAACUAGCGGAUCUCUCGGGCUGGACUGCCUCGCGUCGCGCCGGCUACAGUGGUUGAUCGUGGUUGUUGUUGUUUACAGUUUACUAUGAUUAAUUGUUUGUUAUUUGUCAGAUCACUCACCGUUUCCAGGAAACUAAAAGGACCGUGUCGUCGUGUAUUAGCUUGAGGUCACAAUUGUCAUGUACCAAUAAUUGUUUCUUCGCCAAAAGGAUGAGUAAUUAUAUGGACGAUUUUCAGAA